CGGCCCCACCCACCGGUUUUCUCCGCCGGCACCUCCCUCUGCUCUCCCCAUGGGGCGGGGCGUUGCGAUGAUGCGGGGGCACGAGGCUAAGCUGGCCCCCAGUGGAACAGAAUGCCCCCUGGUUCCAGCCUAUCCCACGGGCCGGCCCGGACGGCUCCAACGCCACCUCCUGAGCGGCGAGUUCGACCAGCUGCGAGACUUCCCCAUCUUUGAGAGCAACUUUGUGCAGGUGACCCGGUUAGGAGAAGUCGCCAACAAGGUCACCAUGGGGGUGGCAGCCUCCAGUCCAGCCCUGGAACUCCCAGACCUGUUGCUGCUGGCCGGCCCUGCCAAGGAUAACGGACACCUGCAGCUCUUUGGGCUGUUCCCCUUGCAGUUCGUCCAGCUCUUCGUCCACGACGAAAGCCGCUGGCAACUCAAGGUCAAGUUCCGCACCGGCCGCGCCUUCUACCUGCAGCUGCGGGCCCCGGCCGAGACCCGAGACCGCGAGUUCGGCCAGUGGGUGCGGCUGCUCUACCGCCUGCGCUUCCAUUCGGCCGAGGGAGCCGUGCCUUUCACGCAGGAGUACUCGACGGUGGAGGAUGGCGAGGACGGCGAGGACGACGAGGACGAAGAUCCGAUAGAGCGAGAGGAGCUUCAAGCCGUGGAAGCCAGACUUGACCCACAGACCUCUGAACUCUGGGGACUCUGAUUCCUCCAAUAUCCGUAAGGUCACAAAAGGACCAGAGAUCAAAGUACCCUACCUCAGGGCCAGAAAGAUGAAUUAUUAAAGUUAAUAAAGAUCGGCCACUUAAGAAC